CGGUUUGUUACGCAAGCAACAGGUUCUGGUGUGAUUUCUGCUUGGAUUCUGAUUAGAUUCUUGUUAUUUCCAAGUGUGCUCGCUUGCGCUAGUCAAUAAACUUAAUUAAAUUCCAAGAUGUCCGCCCGACUGUUGCAGGCCACGCGUCGCUGGAGCGCCCAGCGUGCCUACAGCUCCAAAAUCGCCGAGGUUGUGGUGGUCUCCGCCGCCCGCACACCAAUUGGCAGCUUCCAGAGCCAAUUGGCCCCACUGACGGCCACCCAAUUGGGAGCCCGGGCGAUCGAGGCGGCUAUCGAAAAGGCGGGAAUUUCAAAGUCCGAUGUCCAAGAGGUGAUCAUGGGCAAUGUGGUGUCGGCGGGUCUGGGACAAGCUCCCGCCCGGCAGGCGGCCAUUUUCGCCGGCCUGCCCACCAAUGUGUGCUGCACCACGGUGAACAAGGUCUGCUCGUCGGGCAUGAAGGCGGUUAUGCUGGGCGCCCAAUCCCUGAUGCUCGGCUAUGCUGAUGUGGUGGUCGCCGGCGGCAUGGAGUCCAUGUCGAAUGUACCUUUCUAUCUGAAGCGCGGCACCACUCCCUAUGGCGGCGUCAAUCUCACCGAUGGCAUCGUUUUCGAUGGCCUCUGGGAUGUCUACAACAAGUUCCACAUGGGCAAUUGUGCCGAGAAUACGGCCAAGAAACUAGAGAUCACUCGCCAGCAGCAGGAUGACUUCGCCAUCGAAUCGUACAAGAAAUCAGCGGCAGCUUGGGCCAACAAGGUGUUCCAGGACGAGAUUGCCCCGGUGAAGAUCCAGCUGAAGAGGAAGCCAGAGGUGGUGAUCACCGAGGAUGAGGAGUACAAACGGGUGAACUUUGACAAGUUCGGUCAGUUGGCCACCGUUUUCCAGCGGGAGAAUGGCACUGUGACAGCCGGAAAUGCCUCCACUUUGAAUGAUGGUGGCGCCGCUGUGGUCCUCAUGAGCGCCGAGGCAGCCCAGAAGGCGGGUAUCAAGCCGCUGGCCAGGAUUGUGGCCUUCCAGGAUGCCGAGACCGAUCCCAUUGACUUCCCCAUUGCCCCGGCUCUGGCCAUUCCCAAGUUACUGAAGCGAGCCGGCGUUCGCAAGGAGGAUGUGGCCAUGUGGGAGGUCAACGAGGCCUUCUCCCUGGUGGUCCUGGCCAACAUUAAGAAACUGGACGUGGAUCCCGCCAAGGUGAAUGUCCACGGCGGAGCCGUUUCCAUUGGCCAUCCCAUUGGCAUGUCUGGAGCUCGUCUGGUGGCCCAUCUUUCGCACAGCCUGAAGAAGGGCGAACUGGGCUGCGCCUCCAUCUGCAAUGGCGGCGGUGGAGCCUCCUCCAUUCUCAUCGAGAAGCUGUAAGCUCACCUGGAGGCCCGGCUCUCAACCAGAAAUGCAUUUACUACGUGGAAAGCUCUAUGUUCUUAUUUUUAAAUUGUUAAGUGUCUUUGCGCUUGGCCGCAUUUAUCGAAAUCUUGUGAUUUGCAUAAUAAAAUUAUGAAACAUUGAAUAUUUAAAUAGAAA